GGAUUUUCAAUGAUUAUUGACAGUAUGAUUAUUCUUUUAUCUAUUGAAUUAUGCUGCUUUUUUUUUUGGGCCGGCAAGCACAACGUGUCAACGACAUAUACCGUCCCAUCCCAUAUGGAGUUAUUUUUACAUAUAUAUGGUGUAGCUUGCUACCAUUCAAACGUUCUAGUACCAGAACUCUUUUAAAUAUUGCAAGUUUCACUAGUCCCCUUCCUCAUUAUACAUAUCUGUUAAAAGUUUGAAUAGAUAAAUUAAAAAGUGGUAGAAUAUGCGAAGAAAUCAUGGUGAUGAUCGUGAUUAUCUUCCUCUUUUCGAAACAAAGUCAGCCAAGAGCCGUACCCAAUUUAGAUUGUUCGUAGGAACAAUGUUAGUGGGGAUAUGCUCAAUUUUUGUCUACAGAUUAAGGUAUAUGCCAUUGCCAACCAAAGAAGAAGGUGCGGUACUCGUCAUCAGAAUCAAAUUAUGGGCUUGGAUUGGAUUGUUUCUCUCUGAACUUUGGUUUACUCUUUAUUGGUUUGUCACACUUGUGGUUCGAUGGAAUCCCGUACAUCGUCACACUUUCAAAGACAGGCUAACUCUCAGAAAUGGGGAGAAGGAUUUGCCGGGCGUGGACAUAUUUGUGUGCACUGCGGACCCGAAGGCGGAGCCACCGUUAAUGGUAGUGAACACGGUGUUGUCAGUGAUGGCUUAUGACUACCCUCCAGAGAAGCUUAGUGUGUACCUUUCGGACGAUGGUGCUUCGGACUUGACAUUUUAUGCCCUCUUAGAGGCCUCUAAAUUCUCCAAGGAAUGGCUUCCCUUUUGCAACAAGUUCCGAGUAGAACCCAGGUCGCCUGAGGCUUAUUUCACCAAAGCUUCUCAACCACACGAUGAUGAUCAUUAUAGUCAGUGGGCCUCCGUCAAGAAGUUAUAUGAAGAGAUGAAGACAAGAAUUGAAAGUGCGUCAAAGGUUGGCAAAAUUUCAGAAGCUAUACGAAGGGAACACAAGGAGUUUCGUGAGUGGGACGCCUUUCUUUCAAGCAAAAUUGAUCAUCAGACCAUUAUUCAAAUUCUUAUCGAUGGAAGAGACCCCAAGGCAGUGGACAUUGAAGAACAUCCUUUGCCAACUUUGGUAUAUUUGGCACGUGAAAAGAGACCAAAGUACCACCAUAACUUCAAAGCAGGAGCCAUGAACUCAUUGAUAAGAGUAUCAGCACAUAUCAGCAAUGCUCCGAUAAUUCUCAACGUGGACUGCGACAUGUAUUCGAACAAUUCAGAAUCAGUGAGGGAUGCACUGUGCUUCUUUUUGGAUGAAAAGAAAGGCCAGGAGCUUGCCUUUGUUCAAUUUCCGCAGGCAUUUGAGAACCUCACCGAGAAUGAUAUUUACGGUAGCUCCUUGAGAGUUCUAAUGGAGGUUGAGCUUCGAGGAUUUGACACUAAUGGUGGGCCUUGCUAUAUUGGUACUGGGUGCUUUCACAGACGGGAAUCUCUUUCUGGUAAGAAAUUCAAUGAGGCGAGUAAAGUAAUACUAGACUGGAAAAGAAAGAAUAAAGAUGAGGAGAGUAGUGCAGAAGCUCUCGAAAAAGCAUGCAAAGUUCUUGCGAGCUGUACCUACGAAGAAAACACACUGUGGGGAAAAGAGAUGGGUCUGAUGUAUGGGUGUUUAGUGGAGGACAUGUUAACAGGACUAGUGAUACAGUGUAGAGGAUGGAGAUCAGUGUAUUAUAGUCCAGAAAGAAAGGCCUUUCUAGGAGCUGCUCCAACAACACUGCUCCAAACACUAGUGCAGCAGAAGAGAUGGGCUGAAGGAGAUCUUCAGAUACUUCUCUCAAGGUAUUGUCCCUUGACGUACGGAUACAAAAAAAUUCCCCUAAGACUUCGACUUUCAUACUUAGUCUACUUUCUAUGGUCGCUAAACUGCUUCGCCUCACUCUACUAUGUCAUCGUGCCAUCACUUUGUCUGCUCAAAGGAAUCUCCUUAUUUCCUCAGGUGUCCAGCAAAUGGGUUGUACCAUUUCUCUAUGUAUUCUUUGGCAACCGGGUGUACAGCCUUGGAGAACUUACGAUGUGUGGAGGGACAUACAGGGAAUGGUUGAACGAUCAAAGAAUGUGGCUGUUUAAAAGAACCACUUCCUAUUUCUUUAGCGUCUUGGACCACGGCCUAAGGCUAUUAGGAUUCACUGAUGCAGCCUUCACGAUAACAGAAAAGGUGGUUGAUGACGAUGUUUCUGAGAGAUACGAGAGAGAGCUAAUGGAGUUUGGUACUACUUCACCAAUGUUUACUACCUUGACGACACUCGCAUUGCUUAAUGCCUCAGGUUUUAUCUGGGGAUUGAAGAGGCUCCUCUUCACGGAACAGAGUUUGGUUCUAAACCCAUUUGCAUUGCAGGUUGUUCUUUGUGGUCUGCUGGUUUUCAUCAACCUGCCAAUUUAUCAAGCAAUCUUUUUAAGAAAGGAUAAGGGUAGACUACCCAACUCAGUAAUUUACCAGUCGAUUAUGCUCGCUUUAGUAGCAUGUUCGAUUGUCCUUUAUUAGAAUCUUUGGCAAAAAUAACUUAAAAAGUUUCAAUUCAAGAGUAGUGUUUAUUGUAAUUGAAUAAGCUGAACCUUUGGUCAAGUCGGAUUGAAGUACUCUGCUCACUAUUUGUAAUUGAAUAAGCUGAACCCUUAUGUUAUGCCUUCUUUUUGGACUAAUUCCAUUAUAUGCAUCAGAAUAAAUAUGCAAAAUAAACUUUUCAUCAAGGCUCAAGCCUUUUCUUUUCA